CGAACAAUUGCCAUUUCCACUCCCAAAUCCCUAAUUUCCCCUCUAAUUUUUUUCCCAAAAGAAAACCAAAAGACUAAACCCCUAAUCCAAAAUAGUUAAACCCUGGUUCAAGACUUUUGCUUCGGCGGGAGAAGAGAACCCAUAGAAGUUCGAGCAUAGUGUUUCCGGGUGAAGAAAAUGGCGUUCGCAAACUCGGAGUUCAAAUUAUUCUCGGCUGGGUCUGGGUUUUUCGGCAAUCCUUCGUCUGAGGCCCCUCUUCGUCCCCCACCCCCGCCAGUCGAAGUGCUUGCUUCCGAGGUUUCCUCAACUGUGAAGUGCUUGCUGGAGCCUGUGAACUUGGAUGGCCUCACGUUGCUUAAGGGCCGGGUGAGUACUGAAGAGGUACUGGGAGUUCCUGACUCUGAUUUAGUUGCUGGCGUAUAUGAAGGGGGACUGAAACUUUGGGAGGGUUCGCUUGACCUUGUUAAAGCUAUCCGGUCCGAGAUUCAUAAAGGAGAAUUGUCAUUUAGAGGGAAGAAAGUAUUAGAGCUUGGAUGCGGUCAUGGACUUCCUGGGAUUUUCGCCUGCUUAGAGGGUGCAGCAGCUGUCCACUUCCAGGAUUUCAAUGCUGAGGUCCUGCGGUGUCUCACUAUUCCAAAUGCAAAUGCCAAUCUUUCACAAACUUCACAAUCUACAGCAUCCAAGGACACCACCCUGAUUGUUGAAACGGAAGUAAAAUACUUUGCUGGUGACUGGAGCCAAGUCCAUCAGUGUCUUCCUCAUGUAUACAGCGAUGGAAAGGACGCAGACAGUAGCUUAAGGCAGAAUCCAGUUUAUGACUAUGACAUAAUACUAAUGGCCGAGACAAUUUAUGCGAUCUCCGCUCAACAAAGUCUCUAUGAACUCAUAAAGAAGUGUGUGAAACGUCCUGGCGGAGUUACAUACAUGGCAGCCAAAAAGCAUUAUUUCGGAGUUGGUGGUGGAACCCGCCAGUUUCUGUCUAUGGUGAAGAAAGAUGGUGUCAUGGAUGCAACCCUAGUUGCGGAAGUUGCAGAUGGCUCUUCGAAUGUCCGAGAAGUUUGGAAACUGUCUAUGAAGAGUGACUCGAAGUCUUGACGUAGUUGGCUUCGAAUUAGACGAGGUAUGGUCUUUCCAAUUUUAUGGCUCAUUCUGUACACUAGACGGGAACAAUUUUAUUGCAGAAUAGUGGCUAGAACUUGUACAGUUGCAACUAGGUCACUGGAGUAAUUUUCCUUUCCCUGAGUUGACAUCUAGAAAAGCCUGAUACAAUUUGCUCGGUUCAUGCUUUGUAAUAGUUGAUGCCCCUAAUGUUUGAACUUUGAACCAAUGCAGAAUUGGGACAAACACAGUCAUUCAUAUAAUAUCAAUUAGAUUCUCUGGCUUAAUUACAUGCCAGCGAUACACAUACAUGAGGGAUUUAAAGGUAUUGAUUUAAGAAUCAGAGCGACAGCGGUAGUAUUUGAAACAGCCACGGGUAUGUGGGUUGGAAGGAGGGGGCAAGCAGCUGCUGCUGUAAGCCUCUCCAGUGGUGCCUCCAUUGCACACAGGCUUGUCUUUCUUCAAUGCUCCUGGUGUUAUGUACCUCUGCGUCUCCCUCUCCUGAGCAAACCUUCUUCUCAUCCCAUGAUCUCUCACUUCAUCAUCAUCAUCAGUACCAGUAGUAAUUAGCAUCUCUAAUAACGAUUCUUCCGCCUCCACUUGACACUCUGCCGCCAUGGAAUUAUUGUCAUUAGUACCGACCUUGCAAACUAGUGAUGAUGAUGAGGAUGAUGGUAUCGGAGGUGAGGCUGCAAGCGCCUUGUUGUUCGUCGUCAGCAGCAGAACCAGAAGAAAGCUGCAUAUGUAGCAGUAGAAGAAGAAGAAGAAGAAGAAGGGCUUGGGAGCGUUUUGUUCCAUUUUACUACCCUUCUGUUUGUGUUAUGUGUGCUACUAAUGGAGAGUGGUGAGUGGAGAUUGGGCACUAAAGAAUUGGUAUUGCGAGUGACAGGAUGUUCAAAGAGGUUGGUGGGAAAAGAAGUUCAGCCGCGCCCCACUUUGCCCACUACAAUUGCAGCUAUUAACUCUCUUUGGUGCGUGCACUAUAAUACUGUAGAAGC